AUGGAGUAUCGACCCGGUGAUCAGCGCGACGGCCGUCGACGCCGCGUGCUAAUCGAAGAUACGCUCGAGUCCGCGCCCACAUCGUCUCGGACAAAGACGACUACCGCGCGCCGUCGGGCUACAACCUCAGGCAGGGAAAUGGAAGGAACCGACCCCACGCCGAUCACCCAGAAGCGGUUGAUCGACAUCAUUCCGACAAGCUAUCUCACGCUCACACUGCUGUUCUUGGGCGGGGUAGCGGUGAUUGCCGCGUUGGAAGCCGGCUAUUACUACAUGCCGCAAAUCGCCCCCAAGACGACCGAUGGGGCGGUGGCCACGUUGGACCUCGACGACGAGGGCAGCCUCGGCACGUGGUUCUCUUCCGCCACGCUCGGCAUGGCAUCGCUCGUCGGCCUGAUGGUUUAUUGGGUUCGCAAGCAGCGCGCCGACGACUAUCACGGCCGCUAUCGUAUCUGGCUGUGGGCCUCGCUCACCUGGUUGGUGAUGAGCAUCGAUGAAGGCGCCAGCCUGCACGAGGGCUUCAAAGAACUGAUGACGCUCGUCACCGGGCAACGCAUCUGGGGCGACGGCUCGCUGUGGUGGGCCGGUCCUUACUUCCUGGUGCUCAGCGUGGUGGGCAUUCGCCUGCUGCUGGAUAUGCGUCCGGCGAAGAUGCCGAUCGUGACCCUGUUGCUGGCCGGCGCUUGUUAUGCGGUGGGUGUGGUGGCCCAGUUGGGGCUGAUCUUCCCCGAAGCUCUGGCCAAAGCAAUCAUGAUUGAAGAGGGGGCCGAAAUGGCGGGCCACCUCCUGCUGUUGUUCUGCAUGCUGGUGUCGGCCCGAUAUAUGAUUCUCGACGCCCAGGGGCUGCUGCCCGAGCGUCGAAAACGCCGCAAGAAGGUGAAGGCCGAAGACGAAGAUUCCGACGAGGCUCCGGCCCGUAAGAAGAAGGCUCGGGGCGAAGUCCACAAGUCGCACCCGACCCCACCCGAGCCCGAGGGCGACCAUCGCAAGGACAAACGGUCACGCCGUCAGGAAGCUCAGGCCGCCAAGGCCGUAGUCGAGGCUGAACCAGAGCCCGAUGAGGAUUCGGACGAGGAGCAGCCCGGGCGGAAGCUGACCCGAGCCGAACGAAAGGCCCUCCGCCGCCAACGGCGUCAGCAGCGACAGGCACUGCUGGACGAGCCAGCAGUGGCACCCACGUACGAGUUGGUUCUGGAAACCGUCCGUACUCGCUUUGCCCCCAGUCCCACGGGCUAUUUGCACAUUGGUGGUGUGCGCACCGCGUUGUUUUGCUGGCUUUUCGCCCGGCAUCAUGGCGGUCAGUUCGUGCUGCGAAUUGAUGACACCGACAAGCAGCGGAACGUCGAUGAGGCGCUCGGCCCCAUCCUGCAUGGGCUCAAGUGGCUGGGCAUCGAUUGGGACGAAGGCCCCGAAGUGGACGGACCGCUGGGACCUUAUUACCAAUCGCAGCGGCAAGACCACUAUCAGGCGGCCGUCGACAAGCUGCUGGCCGACGGGCACGCGUAUUACGACUUCGCUCGCACUGAGGAGAUCGCGGCCGAACGCGAGGCGGCCCAAGCCCGCAAGGAAUCGUUCAUCUACAGCCGCAAGUGGAUGGCCGAGACGCCCGAGGACAAGGCCCGCUUCGAAGCCGAAGGGCGGGAGGCCGUCGUGCGGCUGAAGAUUCCUCGUGAAGGGACACUGGUGAUCGACGAUCUCGUCCGCGGUCGGGUCGAGUUCGCCUGGGCCUCGGAGCAGGAUCAUGUGAUCCAACGCACCGACGGUUCGUGUCUGUAUCACCUGGCCAGUGUGGUCGACGAUCACGCGUUUGAAAUCACCCACGUCGUGCGGGCGGAAGAACAUCUUUCGAACACGCCGCGGCAGAUCUUCAUUGCCCAGGGGUUGGGUUACGAACUACCGCAAUACGCUCACCUGCCGUACGUGGCCGAGCCGGGUAGCAAGACGAAACUCAGCAAGCGGAAGCUGAGCAAGUAUCUGAAGAACAAAGAUUUCGCCGCCCUGAUGGAGCACGGUAAGCACAUCGCCGAUGCCAUCGGGCUCGACAUGCCGGAGGAACUCUUCAACCCGGUGGUGAUCGACUUCUACGAACAGGUUGGCUUUCUACCGGAGGCCAUCGUCAACUACCUGCUGCUGUUGGGCUGGUCGCUGGAUGACCACACCGAGGAGUUCAGCCGUGAAGAGAUGAUCCGCGACUUCUCGCUCGAACGCGUGAACAAGUCGCCAGCGUCGUUCGACCCGGUGAAGCUUACGGCUUUUCAGCAGCGGUACUUCGAUCGCCUGUCGGAAGAACAAAAGGUCGAAGCCGUCUGGCCGUAUGCCAAGGGGGCUGGCUUCGUGCAGGACGGCGACGAUGCGGGACGGGAGAAGGUUGGCCGUAUCGUCACGGCUUCCGGCGAUCGCAUCCAGGUGGCCGGCGACAUCGUCGACUAUGGAACCUUCUUCAAAAGCGCGGAGGAGUUGGAGUACGACGAGGCGGCCUUCGAGAAGCGGAUUCGCAAGCCGGACGACGCCCCGCGGCUGUUGGGCGAGUUGCGUGAACAGCUAGCAUCGCUCGAGCCGUUCGAUACCGAAAGCCUGGAGAAGCAGCUGCACGCGUUCGUCGAGGCCCAGAACAUCAAGAUCGGGAACGUCAUUCAUGCCCUGCGAGUGGCCACCACGGGGCAGGCGGUUGGGUUCGGGAUGUUCGACACGCUGGCCAUUUUGGGCCGGCAGACAGAACCCACCCGGUCGCUGAACUUCGUCCAAGAAAUCAUCGCCGAAGACAACCGCACGGGCCGUUUCGACAAGCGGGUGCAUACGCGGUUCCCGCCCGAGCCCAACGGGCUGCUGCACAUUGGCCACGCCAAGAGCAUCUGCCUGAACUUCGGGCUGGCGGCCCAGCACGAAGGGGGCAAGUGCAACCUGCGGUUCGACGACACGAACCCCACGAAGGAAGAAGCCCACUACGUGCAGGCCAUCAAAGAAGAUGUCCGCUGGCUGGGGUUCGACUGGGAAGACCGGGAGUAUUACGCCUCGGACUAUUUCGAGCAGCUUUACGACUGGGCCGUGCAGAUGAUCGAAGGCGGCAAGGCGUUCGUCUGCGAUCUAAACGGUGAGCAAAUGCGCGAGUACCGCGGCACGCUCACCGAGCCGGGCACGAACAGCCCCUUCCGCGAUCGAACGGUCGAAGAGAACCUCGACCUGUUCAAGCGAAUGAAAGCCGGUGAGUUUCCCGACGGCUCACGGACGCUGCGGGCGAAAGUGGACAUGGCCUCGAAGAACCUCAACCUGCGCGAUCCGGUGAUGUACCGCAUCAUGCAUGCGCAUCAUCAUCGCACGGGCGACAAGUGGUGCAUCUACCCGAUGUACGACUUCACCCAUGGGCAAUCCGAUUCCAUCGAGAAGAUCACCCAUUCGAUCUGCACGCUGGAGUUCGAGAACCACCGCCCGUUGUACGACUGGUACCUCGACACGCUGGGCAUCUACCACCCGCAGCAGAUUGAGUUCGCCCGACUGAACCUUACCUACACGGUGAUGAGCAAGCGGAAGCUGCUGCAGUUGGUGAACGACAAAGAUGUGAGCGGAUGGGACGACCCGCGGAUGCCGACCAUUUGCGGGCUGCGUCGCCGCGGCUACACGCCGGAAGCGAUUCGCGAGUUCUGCCGUCACAUUGGCGUUUCGAAGUUCAACAGCACGAUCGACGUCACCGUGCUGGAGAACUGCCUGCGGACCGAUCUCAACCGCACGGCCAACCGUGUGAUGGCGGUACUCAAGCCGCUGAAGGUGGUGAUCGAGAAUUAUCCUGAAGGCGAAGUCGAAGAGCUGGAAGCGGUGAACAAUCCCGAGGACGAAUCGGCCGGCACCCGGAAGAUUCCGUUCUCACGCGAGAUCUACAUCGAGCAGGACGACUUCAUGGAAGACGCCCCCAAGAAGUUCUUCCGCCUGGCCCCCGGUCGCGAAGUGCGGCUGCGGUAUGCGUUCUUCAUCAAGUGCGUCGAUGUGGUGAAAGACGAGAAGACCGGCGAGGUGACCGAGCUGCGGUGCACGUACGACCCCGAGACCCGCGGCGGGCAGGCCCCCGAUGGCCGCAAGGUGAAGGGCACUAUCCAUUGGGUUUCGGCCCCGCAUGCGGUUAGUGCCGAAGUUCGGGUGUACGAUCACCUGUUCCGCACGCCGAACCCCGACGACGUGCCCGAGGGGAAGGACUUCAAGGUGAACCUGAACCCCGACUCACUUGAGUUGCUCUCCGGCUGCAAGCUCGAGCCCAGCCUGGGCGAGGCCACCGCGGGCGAUCGCUUCCAAUUCGAACGGCUCGGCUAUUUCUGCGUCGACGCGGUCGAUUCGAAACCCAAGUCCCCCGUCUUCAACCGCACCGUCACCCUGCGCGACACCUGGGCCAAGGUGCAGAAGCAGGAACAAGGCGGUGGGAAGAAGAAGUAA